AUCGAAAACUCAUCACAAGUAUUUCCGAGUUAAGAGCAAAAGAUGGCUGCAUCAUCUUCGUUAUCAGCUACUAAAUUAUACUUGUGCUUUAUAAGCCUGCUCUUCACUAUAGCUUCGGCUCAGUUGUCUUCUACAUUCUACUCAUCUUCAUGCCCGAAUGCCCUUUCAAUUAUCAAAUCCGCCGUGACAUCUGCUGUAAAUAGCGAGGCUCGCAUGGGAGCUUCCUUGCUUCGCCUUCACUUCCAUGACUGUUUUGCUAAUGGUUGUGAUGCUUCAGUCUUACUAGACGACACUGCCAACUUUACCGGAGAGAAAACGGCUCCUACAAACAGUGGAUCAUUGAGAGGUUUCGAUGUUGUGGAUACCAUUAAAACGAACCUCGAGAGUUCAUGCGCCGGAGUUGUGUCUUGUGCGGAUAUCUUAGCUGUGGCCGCCAGAGAUUCCGUUGUCGCACUUGGUGGAAAUAGUUGGACAGUGGUAUUGGGCCGAAGGGAUUCGACUACAGCAAGUCUGAGUACCGUCAACUCCGACAUUCCCGGUCCCAAUUUGAAUCUCAGUGGUCUCAUAUCUUCAUUCUCCAAGAAAGGUUUUACCACCAAAGAGAUGGUCACACUUUCAGGAGCUCACACAAUAGGUCAAGCCAGGUGCCAGAACUUCAGAAACAGGGCUUACAAUGAAGCCAAUAUCCAAGCUGCAUACAAGACGACAUUGCAAGGUAGAUGUCCUAGCUCAGGCGGAAACAACAACCUAGCUCCUCUUGACAUUGGAAGUGCAACAACAUUUGAUAACUCAUAUUUCACCAAUUUGGUAAGCCUCAAGGGUCUUCUUCAUUCGGAUCAACAGCUCUUCAAUAACGGUUCCACCGAUGCUCAAGUCAGUUCAUACAGUUCAAACCAGGCUACAUUCUUAUCUGACUUUGCCACUGCAAUGGUAAAGAUGGGAAACCUUAGCCCCCUCACGGGUACCAAUGGUCAGAUCAGGAAAAAUUGCAGGAAAACGAACUAGGGAUUGUAUUUACUUUACUGUGUUUCAUCUCAGUUUUGCUUUCCAAAUUAUGUUAACAUAUAAUAAGGAGGUUGAGCCCACGUUUUUAGCUUUCGUUAUAAUGUCAGCUGUUAAAUAUUUGUA